AUGUUUGAAACGAGCAACUGCGGACGUCGAUGCCAGCUUAAUAGUACACCGGGAACAACUACGGGAAAUCUAAGCGCUUAUUUGGCACGCAUAAAAUUCCCCCUGCGGAAUUACUUCAAGGCAAAAGGAAAUUUUUCAAAUUACACGGAUCCCGUAAAUUCUGCCCGAAUGAAAAGAUUAAGUUUGAAAUCCAAAAAGGCAAAUGUAAUUCAGAAAAUAGAUUUAAGUAAGAAAAAACCUAUAGAUUACACGGAGAUGGCUUAUAGGGAAGCUGUUUCCAAGUUGAAGUAUUUGCUUGCUGAGUCUUAUGUUACAAAGCCAAUAUCAGGAAAAUCACAAGGUAUUGAAGAUCUACAAUACAGUAAUAUAAAAAUUCAUGAAUCUGAAGAAGAUACAGAUGACAAGAGUGUAGUCCUUAACAAAUCUAGGGGGAAAGAAAUACCUGAAAAAAUACACAGAAUUACAGAUCCACAUUUUGCUUCUUGCACAACUGUGCUUCCAACAAAAGCAUUCAGCAAUUUGGCACCUUCGUCUGCAGGUUCACAAUCUGUCCCUCCAGAAUUAAAUUCUUUCAUUGAACAACAAGAGGAAUAUAUUCAACAGUUACAUCAAGAAUCUCAGUUUUGCAGAAAUCAACUAAACAAUUUGCUUCAUAAAGUCAGAGAGGUUGUUGCUGAAAAUGAAGCUCUGCAUUAUAAAAACAAAACAGGAUUCUUUAAAUGUGCACUCGAUGAUUAUGUACACAUCAAGGAAAAUGAUAAUGACAAUGAUAAACAAAAGUUAAUUGAAACAGAGACAUCUGAAUUUAAAAAACCUAAAACUCUGGAAGGUCCUAACAUAGUGUUUGAAUCGAGAAUCAGUGAAUUGGAAGCUCAACUGACUCAAGCGAAAUUAGAAUUACGUAAAGCUCAAGAGGAGAAUCAGUCUAAUUUAAAACGUUUAUCUCAGAGUUGUUUAAAUAAUGAUACACUUGAAAUAAAAAAUCAGUUGGAAAAAGCUUUGCAUGCUAAAUAUGAAGCAGAAAUGAAAAUAGAAGACCUACAAAAAACUGUAACUUUGGUACAAGAAAAGGAAAUCGAAGCAUUCCAAAAAAUGAAGCAAACUGUGGAUGGUAUGCAGCAGAUGCAGUUUGAAAAAAGUCAGUGUGAAGUAGAGAUCAAGAGAUUGAAGGAAGAAUUAGAUAGGCAACACGAGAAAAUUAGAGAAGCUACCCAGGAAGCAAGUAAACGUAUUGCCGAAGAAAGAAAACAAGCAGAACGUAGAUAUAGUCAGCAAGUUGAACAAUUGUCUGCUGAUAUAACUUCUCAUUGGGAUGCGGCUAAUAAAUCUCAGUUAGAAUCUGAAAAACAGCGGAGAGAGUUGACAGAACUUAGAAGGGAAUUAUCUCAAAAACAAACGUUUAUUGAUAAUUUAAAAAAAGAACUUCAAAACAAGAUAACAAAUUUACAAAGUGAAUUGAACCAAGCAUUAACCGAAAAGGAUGGUGCCGAACAAGAAGUUCUAGCUACAAAAUUGACCGCUGAACGAAACGAAAGACAAGGUCGCCAAGAGCAAAGUAGAUUACAAAUCGAAAUAAAUUCGUACAAACAACGAUUAGAAAGAACAGAAGCUGAGUUGGUUCAUCUCAGAAGAGAGAAUUUAAGGCUUUCAGAACAUAUAAUUUCUUUAGAGAAGGAGAUUAAUACAAAUAAAUCUAUAGGUUCGGACGAUUUUACUGUACAAACUCCAUCAAAAUUAGAGAACGAAAAGGAAUUGACUUCUAUGAUAAUGGAUAUGGAAACCAAACAUGCUGCUACAGUGGCUGGUCUAGAAGAUGCCUUGAAUAAUCAGGCUACGAUCGUCUCUCACCUGACUGCUGAAUGCCAAUCUCUCACACAGCGUUUGGAAGCAAACAACCUCAAGCACAAGGAAGAAAUGGUCAACUUACAAAACAACAUAGAGUACUUGUCGAACAAAAUACAAAGUACUUUUAGUAACCAGGAAGGAAUCGCAUCGACGGGAAGUAACAAUGAAUCUACAGUAAAUUUUCCUAACAAUAUAUCACCUAACUCGCUAGUGCAAGCACAAAAUACAAUACCCCAUACAGUUCAUCAAGAACAUAAUAUGAAAGCAAAUAACUCAAAUCAGAUGAAUAAUCAAUUGUUGGAGAGUGAUUUAUCUAAUGAGAGAAGGUAUGACAUAGAUUAUGAGGUAGAGAGUGAUUUGAAAACAAAAAUGCAGAUGUACGAACUAGAUCAAAAUGAAGAUAACAAGCAAGAACAUGUAAUGGACAACCAAGCUUUAGAAUCAUAUGUAACUGAACAAGAGUAUAAUUCAUAUGACCAAUCUAGUAUUAUGGCUAAUGAACAACAAGAAUAUAUUGACGUAGAACAGAAUUCAAAUGAUGUAACAUCAUGA